CUGCGUAACCAUGGUAACGCAUUUUGCAUUACGCCGUCAAUAGCUGUAAAGUGGCGCCAUAUACGUUCGAAAUCACGGAACCGGAGGGACGUUUUUCAUCACCACUGAGGUAACCUUGAUGUCUUAAAGUUCGGUUUCUGUUUGCGUCCAGCUGGUUCCGAAAAAAGGUCAAGAUGUCGAGCGAUCUCGCAGGUGUGUGGGAGGUGGCGCUGAGCGACGGAGUCCACAGAAUAGAGUUCGAACACGGGACAACCACGGGGAAAAGGGUCAUCUACGUUGAUGGGAAGGAGGUUCUUAGACGGGAUUGGAUGUUCAAACUCGUGGGGAAGGAGACAUUCAACGUGGGCCAGUCGGACACCAAAGCGACCAUCAACAUUGAUGCCGUCAGCGGCUUUGCUUAUGAAUACACCCUGGAGAUCAAUGGAAAAAGCUUGAAGCAGUACAUGGAGAACAGGUCAAAGGUCACCAGCACCUGGCUGCUCAACCUGGAUGGCUCUGACUGCAGGAUAGUCCUUGAGAAGGACACGAUGGAUGUGUGGUGUAACGGAGAAAAAAUGGAGACUGCAGGGGAAUUUGUGGACGACGGCACAGAGACGCAUUUCACUCUGGGAGAGCACACCUGCUGUGUGAAGGCUGUAAGCAGCGGGAAGCGGCGGGACGGGAUCAUCCACACCCUGCUAGUGGACGGCACAGAGAUCGCAGAGUGCAUGGAGUGACUGCGCAUCCCGGUCUGGUCACAGUUCAGGACCGUUUCUGCGAAACAGCAAUAGUGCCGACUAGAAAAGGGAUUCCUUGAGAACUCUUUUUGCCCACUGAAUGUUCUGAAAGUCCUUCUGCGUGGGUCUUUAAUCACCAUAAAGUAGGUGUCUUAAUAGAACUGGUCGUACUGAAAGAAAGCAGCCACUUUAGAAAUGUCAACCACUGAAUAACACGGUCAUAUCUUCAGAGGUGCAACCGAAACGUGGGCUCUAGAUUCGUGAAAACACUUUAUUCCAUUCCUUUUAUCGGCCCUACAUCUACAGCUGGGACUUUACCACAUGGAAAUAAAAGUCAGGUGUGAUUAUGAAUGGAAUCCGAGGUCCCAGUCACCUUAACUCUUAAGCUUUUGUUAUCGUCCCAUGUUGUGUUGUAAAGCUUUAUUCACCGGGACUCAGAAAGAGUCCUUGAAUGUAGCAGCACCAGAGUGGCCUGAUGUCCUUACGGUAAAAACUCUUCGUCGGACCAGCUGGAGCGGUCGGGGUGAAACUGUGAGAGGCCACUCAGAAACUGCUGUGUUGCAUCUAAGCGGCCAUUUUUCUGCCACUUUUGCAGACAAUCAUCCAGAUAUGUUACUGUUGUAAUACUGCUUUCCGUAGGCCAUGUUCAAGCUUCCCGUUAGCUCAGUUGUGCGCAUUUUCAUGUAAAUAGUAGUUCUGAUUUUUUUUAAUAUAGGAAUUUUUUAGCGCCAUUGUUGGAAAUGUUGUCUUGUGCGCUGAAAAGAUCUUAACUUAUUUGUCAAACUCUAAUUAAAAUGUAGUGAAAGGA